GUGAAGGACGCGGGAUUCAAUUAUAAGUUUAAAUUUGUUUUGUUAUUAUUUUUAACCAAGGAUGUCGCAUUUGAUGCCACGGCGAACCAGCGAGUUCCGUGGGGAUGUGCUGGAAGAGCGAUGUCCCACUGAAAAGCGGCAGACCAGGGCGAGUAAGCGCAGCACAGCCAUGCAGACUCCGUUGUCCACGCAGGGGAUCCCCAAAAGACCCUCCGCAACGCGUCUGCUGCAGCCGCUGAACUUGGAGCGGGAUCGGGCUGGUCAAAUGGGUGUGACGCCCAAGCGAGGCCACCGACUUGUGCCCUCCACAGCGGAACGCGCUGUUCCGCUGCACUCCGACAAGAAGUGGGUGGCGGAGCGGUCGCAUCAGAUACUGGAGUACCUGCAUGCCGUUCAGGACAGCGAGGCGCCCACGGGAUUCAUCUCGGAUCUGUUUAGUCGGCCUGGCGGACUGCGGCACAUGACCAUCAAGCAGUUCGUGGCUAUCCUCAACUUCCUGUUCGACAACAUCUGGCGGAAUCGCGAGACAGUGGGCCAGAACCACGUCGAGGACAUCACUAGAGCCAUGCAGAAGCUCCAUUAUCCUAGCCAGGUUAACAAGUCUUGGCUUGUGUCGCCGACCACGCAGCACUCCUUUGGCCACGUGAUCGUCCUGUUGGACUUUCUCAUGGACUUUGCGCCGCCACUGUCCUCUGCGGAUGACCCGGAAGAAGAAUUUCCGUUCAUGGAGACGACGGAGCAGCCUAGCUCGUACCUAAACAGCAUGCACUGCGAAUCAACGGCCGCCAUCUCCAUCACUCAGAUGCAGGCCGUCCAGCUGGAUGAGGAGGUCAACGCGCUGCUCUUCGCAGAGGCCAGCCACUGCAUUGUCCUGUGGGAUCAGGAGCUGACCGAUGAGGAGGCCAAACUGCAAGCGGAAACCAGAGAUCAGGUGAUUAGAAAGAAGUGCGAUUUGCCGGGCCGCCGGGCCCUGGAACAAGUGAUCGAGGAUCUGAGAGAGAAGCUGCAACAACUGAACGAAAAGUUGCAGCAAUCUGGCGACGACUAUAAGCUGGAUAAGCUAGAGCAUCUUGACAAGGAGCAGGAACAGCUUGCGCAACAGCUGGCCGAUACUAAGGAGGAGCUGAGCCAACACCUGAUCCUCUUUGACCAGCUUUCCGCCCAGGCCGAUGAAAGGCAGGCUAAUCUCCGCCAGCAAAUUAAGUACGAGCAGCGCCUGGAGCAGGCGGUUAACAACCAGAUGUACUCUGCUCAGCAACUGAAUGCGAUGCAAAUGGAGAGCAACGAUGUCGAAAACUACUCCAAGGCCUAUGAGCGCCAGGUGAAGGAGUUGUCCGACCAGGAGCUCCACCAGCAGGUCAUGCUGUCGCGGGUUAAGAAAAAGCAGUUGGACUGCAUGGAGGCCUUUAACAGGCAUGCCCGCUUCCUUGGCGUGGACUCGGCUAUAAGCAGUCUGGUAAAGAGCGGCGGUGAUCAGCAAUUGGACCUUACGUUGCCGCUAAUCCCCAAGCAGGAGGACAUCUCCGAACGGGUUCAGAGCCUGGAGGUGCUGGGCAAUCUUCUCCAACAGCAGCGUCAGCAGAAUUUCGAACGGCGCCGGAUGCUGGAUCAGCAGGCAGACAAGAUAAAGUGCGACUGCAUCGAGUUGGAAGCCACAGUUGCCACCUUGGAAUCUCAACUGCAAGAACAAAAUCAUCGUCUAACCAAAAUGGAGGUGGGCUAUCGCACCAAGUGCGAUAAAAUGGUGCAGUGCCGGAGGCUGCUGGUAGGGGAGCAGUGUGAUCAAAUCAACCGUCUGGGGGAACUGGAGAAGCGGCAGCACGAAGCCCUGGAGAGGCUCCAGGUCAGCGAGCAGGAAAACGAAGAGCUACUCGCCGGCGCCGAGUUGUAUCAGGAGGAAGACCACAACGCCCGAAAUGCCCACCUUGACAGAUGCGAGCUGCAGCUAGCCGAAGCGGAGAAGGAGCUGCAAGCUCUGGACCUAAAGCUUACUGUGAGCCAGGCCAAACUGGAAGAGGCCGAGCAGUCCAUUCAGCUGCCUUCCUUUGAGCCAGUGCUACACGCAUUCAAAAGGCGCUGAUCGACUGGUUCUAAUCUUUUGUAUUCGCUAAAAAAUUAUGCGUACUUUGAAAACAAAAGUAAUUUCCAUCGCUUUGUCU